UGUCGAGGGAUUCGGAUGAAACCCCUCGGUUACACUUGGCUCCGCCCCUAUGCGACGGAGACGAAAGUGCCUGCCAGGGGAAAGGCUCUAGUACCUACAGAUCUUAGUAUUGCCGUUCCUGAAGGAACAUAUGCCCGCAUAGCUUCAAGAUCAGGAUUGACCUGGAAGCACUCUAUAGAUGUUGGGGCAGGUGUUAUUGAUGCAGACUAUAGGGGACCAGUUGGUGUUAUACUUUUAAACCAUUCUGAUGUUGAUUUUGAAGUGAAAAUUGGUGACAGAAUAGCUCAAUUGAUCAUUGAGAAAAUCAUUGUGCCAGAUGUCGAGGAGGUUGAUGAUCUAGACUCUACAGUUAGGGGCUCUGGAGGCUUUGGAUCCAUCGGUGUUUGAAACCUUUGGCUUGAAUUAGAAUCAUAUUGAUCACUGUAUUUACCAGGAUCUUCUGAUGUGCAAAUUUUGCUGCAGCAUGACUUGUGCUUUAUGCUUUGUCACUGUUGAUCUCUGUUU